CUCAAGAAUGCAUCUCGUCAACAACUGCUAGCUUUCGUUUCACAUCAGCUGGAGCUGUUGGCGGUUGACAGAAGUACCCCCAGGCUGUAUGUUACAUCUUCUCCAGCUUCGAGGUGUCAAAACCAAACCAUCAGUAUGGCCACAGCGCAGUCGGUGCUACUGCUAGCAGUGCAUGUUUUACUCAUCUCAGAAUUCAUCUUGGCUAAGAGAGACUACUAUGAGAUACUCGGGGUGCCCAGAGAUGCUACUGAGCGACAGAUCAAAAAGGCUUUCCAUAAACUGGCCCUGAAGUACCACCCAGACCGCAACAAGAGCCCAGAUGCUGAGGCGAAGUUCAGAGAAAUAGCAGAGGCAUAUGAAACAUUAUCUGAUGAUAAGAGAAGGAAAGAUUAUGACCUAUUUGGCCAUGGUGCAUCAUCAGGGGAGGGACAUGGAGGAAGAGGAGGAGGAGGCAGUGGGGACUAUAACUUCAAGCAGCACUUCCAGUCCUUCAACUUCAACUUUGAUGACAUUUUCACUGACUCUAACUCUUUUGGUCAACAACAGCGACACCAACACCACUUUCACUCCAACUCCCACAAUCAAGCCCACCAAAAGAGACACUUUGAUAGUCACUUCCAAGCUCAUCAAGAUGCCAUGAACAGGCAGAGAAGGGGGUUUCAGCAGGGAGGCUUUGGUGGCGGACUCUUUGAUGACAUGUUUGAGGACUUGGAGAAGAUGUUCUCCUUUAAUACGCACACUUCCAGGACUGACAGUAGAUUUCAUGGCUCAGCGAAGCAGCACUGCAGGACAGUGACUCAGCGAAGAGGGAACAUGGUGACCACCUUCACUGAAUGCUCCUGAGAUGAAAAGAAAUGGGAAAAUUUGGGACACUGCAAGGUUUUUUUUUGUGGUUUUGAAAUUGAAUGCUAAUUUAUCACAUUGUGGAAUAGAGAAUUGUUUUGUGUGGCUUUUCUAAUUCUCUAUACAUCCCUCUUUCAGCAAAUAUCCAAGCUAAUGAUGAAUGGCUGGUUUCAGCAAUAACCCAUGCACAUUAUUGCCCAUAGGAUCGUAGUAAGUCUUAGGAUCAUUCAGAUAGUUUUCUUUCAUUUAGCUCUCAUGGCUCAUUCUGUUUACUUGUUCAUGUUUUGUUAUAGUGCAAUGCGACUCAGGUAUGGCCUAAGGUUCAAAGAGAAUUUUUUUUUCUUUAGUAGGCAGUGAGAUAUCAAGAGUUAUAGGAAACAGUAAUAAUAUCGUGAACUCUGCAGCUCUUUAGGCCAUGCUAUCAUUUUCUAUCAAAUGUAAACCUCUAAAACAACUUGUUUUGGUCUUGAUUUGGUAAGAUUCAAAAUCAAACAACAGAAAAAAAUAAGGCUCUUUAGCACUUUUGUGACAUCCUCACUUGCUGGAUUGUUUGCAGGUUGGCUAUAAUCAACUGUUACCUCAUUUUAGUGUUUUCUUCCAGAGUUUCAUCUACCUUCUCUCAGUCAGGGCAGGAAAUUAACAUCAGUCCCAUGACAAAUACUGGUCAAGCUAGCCUCAAAGUAAGGUACUACUCAGCUAUUUUUCAGGCUGUUGUGAUUUGCAAUAACAAAAUAAAAAAAAAAUGUUUGCCAGUGAAGCUAAAUGGUCUGAAAAGUUAAGCUUCCCAAACUGAUCAGAAUGUGCAAUAUAUAGCACCUUUGCUCUUCAUGUUGCCUAUCUUUCAAAGACAGUGCUUUGCAAAUGUCAUUGUCUAAUGUCUGCACUUUGUUUGUGUGUGUGUGUGUGUACGGUAUCUGUGUGUGCAGAGUGUUGAUUGACUGCAUAAUGUUUUAAGAGUAAAUAAAACCUUAUAAGAGCAAAUUUUGGUGUUUUGAAUUUAGCCUCCAAGGCAAAACAAGCACUAUAUCAGUAUAAAAGUGUAUUUUAAAUGUAUUACACUAAUAAUUGACACAGUAUUUAUUAAGGCAUUUAAAUAGGAUUCAGUGUUUUAUAAAAUCAUUCCCAGUUACAAAGCUCUACUUUAGGUUGUAUGAAAUAAAUAAAACUAAACAUAAAAGCUUGGCACUGGAUGCUUACUAACCUUGCAAGAGGAUUCAGUUAAAAAUGGUCUUAAGAUUUCAUUGUGGUACAGUAUGUUCCUAUUUUUUAAAAUAAGCUGAAGACAGCUAGCUGUCUUUCUAGAAAUCUCCAGUAGAGUGUGUACUUUCUCAAGGUUGCAAAACAAGACCAUCUAAAAGGGCCCCUGAAAGGAAAUGGCAAGUGAUAGAAGAAGAUUGCACAAUUAUCAGAUGGAAGAUGGAAUGACCAAGAGGAUAGAUCUAUUUUGCCAUAAAGUGGUCCAGCUGAUUACUCGUGAGAUUUAACUAAAAACCUGUUUAAAUGUUUAAGAGAAAAAAAAAAAAAAAAAAAAAAAAAAAACUAGCUUGUGAAACUGCUAAGUCAUCCAAGCUGCACCACACCCAGGUCAAGCUUAGCUAAUGUGUUAUA